GUGCCAGCCGAACGCCAGCUGCGCGCUGGAGCGCGGGGCGAGGCGCAGGAGCAGCCGGAAAAGCCGGGGGCAGCUGUGUUAGGAGGAAUACGGCUCGGUUGCUGAGGUCUGUGUUGGGGAGGUUUCUGGCGCCCGUAAUGAAUGAAUUGUGGCAGGAGAGCGGGUAUAAAAGGAAGCGGCGGGGCUCGGGCACCUCAUUCCUAGCCCCGAGCCAGCCGCGGACCGGCUGCCUCCCCCCCUCUGGCUCGGCUUGCGGAUCCCCCGCCGGCAGCCCAGGAGAAGCAGCAUGUGGCUCUUGGAGAGGAUCCGUGGCUCGGUGGAGAACGGUGCUGCCCGGGCCAGCGACUCGGGGGAUAAGCAGUCCAAGGGCCCCCUGUACAGCAAUGUGCUGACCCCCGAUAAGAUCCCGGAUUUCUUCAUCCCGCCCAAGCUCACAACGGUGCCGCCUGAAGCCGAGGGGGCAGAGGGGAAAGCCAAGCCCAACCUUGGCACCUCUGCCUCGGAGCAGAACCUGUCAGCCCGCAAGCCCCAGCGCAGCCCCCGCCUGCCGGUCAAGGCUGCCUCAGAGAGCAAGAACUUGCUGAAGGCCGCCAGCCGGCACAUCAUCCAGAUCGAGAGCGCCGACGAGUGGGCCUCGGAGGAGGACUUCAGCACCAAUGCCGAUCCCCAGGCCCAGACGGCCAUGUCCCUCCCCUACGUGCCCAAGGCCCAGACCUCCUACGGCUUCGCCACCCUCAUGGAGAGCCCCCACACCCGGCGCAAGGAGUCCCUCUUCCACAGCGAGCACGGCAGCCUGUGCCAGUCGCAGGCGUCCUCGCCCAGCUCCCCACGCAAGGGGGCAGCCGGGGGCAAGGUGAACGGGGAGAGCGCCCGCCUGACCCCCUCCGACAUCGGCAUGUCCCUGAGGAACCCCUACCGCUACUUCAGCGGCGGGGAAAGCGACACCUGCUCCUCGGCUGAGUCUUCGCCCUUCAGCUCACCGCUGCUGUCCCGCUCCGUCUCCCUGCUCAAAAUCUUCAGCCAGGACAGCCAGGCCAAGGUCAUCAAGCUCAAGCACCCGGUGGCCCGGAACAGCUCCCUCUCCACCGACGACAGCUCGGCUGACACCAGCCCCAGCUUGCAGCGGCGCGCUCGGUGCCCCACGCCCCCGGCGGGGGGCGCCCCGCCCCCGUCCCUCCUGCCUUUGGACUCGCCGGACCGCCUGCCCAGGGAGCACACCAUCCGGCUGAGCAAAGGGGGCAGCGUGCGGCUCACGGCCGAGUACGACGCCGCCAACGCCCGGCUGCGGGUGCGGGUCAUCGCGGCCGAGGAUCUGUUCGACAAGCUGUGCGACGCCCGGGCCAUCAACUGCUGCGUCUCCCUCUGCCUCAACCCGGGCAAGGUGCAGAAGCAACGCAGCACCAUCAUCAAGAACAGCCGCAGCCCCGUCUUCAACGAGGACUUCUUCUUCGACUGCCUGGGAGCCGGCAGCGUCAAGAAGAUGGCCCUCAAGGUCAAGGUGGUCAACAAGGGCAGCAGCCUCAAGCGGGACACGCUGCUGGGCGAGAGGGAGCUCCCGCUCACCUCUCUGCUGCCCUUCUUGUAAGCCCGUCUGCCGCUCCCCUGCCCUGCUGGGAGGGGGUGGGCAGGGAGGGGUGGGGGGGAUCAGAGGCCACCAUGAGGGGCGUGGGAUGCUCCCCUGGGGUAACGGCAUGUCCAUCCCAGGCUUUUUGUGUGUGUGUGUGUGUGUGUGUGGCAGAGGGACAAGACUCAUCCGACUCCCCCAGGAUGGGUCUCAUUUGCUGAUCGUUCCCUGCGUGGACGUGCCUGGAGGUGGUGACUGCCGUGCGUCCCCUCAGGAGGCUGUGAGUGACUGGCAAGUUGUACGUUCUUCAGAGAAGUGGCGGGGAUGAGGCAUGCCGGUGGCAUCUCCGGGGCCCUGCUGAAGGCAUUGCUGGGAGGUGGGUUAUCCCUGUGCACCCAUCCCUUCUUCCCCCUCCCCUCCCCCCUGCUUGCCUGGGAGCACUUGCCAGUCGGUUUCUCAUCUCCACGCUGGGUCCCAAGACCCAGCUGCCUUUGAGUGAGCUGUGGGGGGCCCCUCGCAGGCCGUUCCUGUCAGGCUCAGGCUUGAUGUGAGGUGUGCGGGUUGGUCCAGCUGAUGCAGUGCAGCACAAAGACCCCCUCUGCCCUACCGAAUGGGGGCAGGGGUGGAAGUGGUGGGCACAGCUGAUGGCAUGUAGAGCUGGGAGAACGAUACGGCAAGGCUGAAUCCCUGCUGUGUCAGGACCGGUUCUGAGGCAUGAGCAGGGCGCAGCCUCCUCAGUAAUGAGGAGAAGGGACGCUUUAGGGAACAACCCUGCGCUAUCUGGUGGGGCGGGAAAAGAUGACCCCACUGGCCUCUUUGAUCUCUAAUUUCUCUCCUCCUUGGCUGGCUGACAGGCAGAGAGAGGGCAGGGAUUGUUGGAUAGGGCUCUGCCAAGUUUCGCAACAUUGAUCUCUCUUAAAGCUCCAGCUCCUGGAGUCUGGGGAUUGCAUCAGAAUUUCAGCUUGCUGGCUUGCUUUUAAAGACGUUUCUAGCCCUCGUGGUUGGAGUAAAGCUUGACGACGUGACCCAGCUGUGACUCUAGUGGCUCAGAAGACCAAUAAAAUGAGCCUCAAAUUUAUCACUUAAAAAAUUCUUUUUUGUUUGCCAGAGGCUGGGAAUAGGUGACAGAAUGGAUCACUUGAUGAUGACCUGUUCUGUUCAUUCCCUCUGAAGCACCUGGCAUUGGCCACUGUCAGAAGACAGGACACUGGGCUAGAUGGACCUUUGGCCUGACUCAGCGUGCCAGGCAUGAAAAUAUCACUCGGUCCCUCUGAGGUUACCGGGGCAGCUUUUAAUGCCCAAUCAAUGUGAAAAGCUCCCUCUGCGACCGCUCCGAAGUCCAUGGGGAUCUUCCCAAUGGCCUUCGGAUUAGGCUCUUGCACUAGAGAGGCUGCUUUACCUCCCCCAGCCCCAGAGUGCAGUUUAGAUAGAUCUGCCCCUGGGGGCUCUCCUUCCUCUGGGGAAGGGGCUUCUAUAGCUCUGGAAGGGGCUAGCUUGGAGCAGUGGUUGCUUCCACCACAGAUGGGAGACGCUUCCCUCUGAUCCAGAAGAUUUUUGCCUCUGGCUGCUGACUUGAGGCUUCCCAGAAGUAGCUAUGGCAUCCAGAAGAUGCACUGUCCAAACCCCCCCCCCCCCCACCCACACUUCCUUCAUCUCUGCGCCCUGCAGAAGUGGGAGGGGGGGACAGUCUGAUCUACUUUGUUUAAAAGCUGCAACAGUAUUUAACCCCUGCCAGGCUGCCUCCACAUCGCUUAGCGGGAAUGCACCCACAGGAGAACAGUCCUUUUCUCAGCAUCAAGCCGGCUUCUCCCUUGUGGCAAGGACACUGUGGUGUGUUAAUAACCAUUUGGGAUUAUCCAGAGCAGCAGCAAGCCACUGCAGGGAGCAGCAGGGCCAGUAACCACCACAGUGGCUCGCACAGGGAGGUGGGAACCUGGUUCUGAGCAUUGCACAAACUGGUCUGACCACUGUCGGGAGGAGGUGGGAAAUGAAGUGUGCAAAAUCAAAGGCAACGACUGGGUCCUGGCCUGACCUUGUCUCUGAGCGCCCUAUGCAGCAGGGCCGGAGGUGCAGAAGGGGAGAACAACACACCAUGUUUGUGUGGCUCAUCCUUUCCCUCUUGGCUUAUAACCUGUGUCGGGAGGGCAGCAACCUUCGCGCAGGAGCUGUGCUUGUUAAGAUGCUGCAUGAACGGCCUCUGGGUUCGUUAGUGGCCUCAGCACAGGCGGAUUCCUAGUGCGUAGGAGAUGGCUUUGCUGGAGCAGAGACAACCAGGGUUACACCAUUAAGAUCCACAGAAGAGAAGCAUGGGGGAGAAACCCACUGGUGGGGACGGCUCACUUGGCCAUAGAUAAACCGGGACCAAGCCCUCUCCGCUUAUUAUGUGAUACGCACCGAGAAUCUGGCUUGACAAACAGCCAGAGCGGUGGGAAUUCCCCCACCCCAACCCCAUUAUGAUUCUGUUUCUCUGUCGCUGCAGACUGAUUAGAAUAAUCAAGUCAGUGGUUGGGGGCGGGGGGGUGCAU